AGAGAAGUUAGUUGUGCGCGCCGCGGAGUGCGCGGAGCCAGCCUGCCAGCCAGCCAGCGACGCGGCCCGCGAGGCGCCGGGAGCAUGGGCUGGGGGAGCCGCUGCUGCUGCCCGGGACGGCUGGACCUGCUGUGCGUGCUGGCGCUGCUCUGGGGCUGCCUGCUCCCCGUGUGCCGGACGCGUGUCUACACCAACCACUGGGCGGUCAAGAUCGCCGGCGGCUUCGCGGAGGCCGACCACAUAGCCAGCAAAUACGGCUUCAUCAACAUAGGACAGAUAGGAGCCCUGAAGGACUACUACCACUUCUACCACAGCAGGACGAUCAAAAGGUCAGUUCUCUCCAGCAGAGGAACCCACAGUUUCAUUUCCAUGGAACCAAAGGUGGAGUGGAUCCAACAGCAGGUGGUAAAGAAACGGACCAAGCGGGAUUAUGACCUCAGUCAUGCCCACUCUACUUACUUCAAUGAUCCCAAGUGGCCCAGCAUGUGGUACAUGCACUGCAGUGACAACACCCAUCCCUGCCAGUCAGAUAUGAAUAUUGAAGGAGCCUGGAAGAGAGGCUACACGGGAAAGAACAUCGUGGUGACCAUCCUGGAUGAUGGCAUUGAGAGGACCCACCCCGACCUGAUGCAAAACUAUGAUGCCCUGGCGAGCUGUGACGUGAAUGGGAAUGACUUAGAUCCAAUGCCUCGUUACGACGCAAGCAAUGAGAACAAGCAUGGGACCCGCUGUGCUGGAGAAGUGGCAGCCGCUGCAAACAACUCUCACUGCACAGUUGGAAUCGCAUUCAAUGCCAAGAUUGGAGGUGUGAGAAUGCUGGAUGGAGACGUCACAGACAUGGUGGAGGCAAAGUCAGUCAGCUUCAACCCCCAGCACGUGCACAUAUACAGUGCCAGCUGGGGCCCAGAUGACGAUGGCAAGACCGUGGAUGGGCCCGCUCCCCUCACCCGGCAAGCCUUUGAAAAUGGUGUUAGAAUGGGACGGAGAGGCCUUGGCUCUGUGUUUGUCUGGGCAUCUGGCAAUGGCGGAAGGAGCAAAGAUCACUGCUCCUGCGAUGGUUACACCAACAGCAUCUACACCAUCUCCAUCAGCAGCACAGCAGAAAGCGGAAAGAAGCCGUGGUACCUGGAAGAGUGUUCGUCUACGUUGGCCACCACCUACAGCAGCGGAGAGUCCUAUGAUAAGAAAAUAAUUACUACAGAUCUAAGGCAGCGGUGCACGGACAACCACACGGGGACAUCUGCCUCAGCCCCCAUGGCUGCAGGCAUCAUUGCACUGGCCCUGGAAGCCAAUCCGUUUCUGACCUGGAGAGACGUACAGCAUGUUAUUGUCAGGACUUCCCGUGCGGGACAUUUGAACGCUAAUGACUGGAAAACCAAUGCUGCUGGUUUUAAGGUGAGCCAUCUCUAUGGAUUUGGACUGAUGGAUGCAGAAGCCAUGGUGAUGGAGGCGGAGAAGUGGACCACUGUCCCCCAGCAGCACGUGUGUGUGGAGAGCACAGACCGACAAAUCAAGACGAUUCGCCCCAACAGUGCAAUCCGCUCCAUCUACAAAGCCUCAGGUUGCUCUGAUAACCCCAACCACUAUGUCAACUACCUGGAGCACGUGGUUGUACGUGUCACCAUCACUCACCCCCGGAGAGGAGACCUGGCCAUCUACCUGACCUCACCCUCAGGAACCAGAUCCCAGCUAUUGGCCAACAGGUUAUUUGACCAUUCUAUGGAAGGAUUUAAAAAUUGGGAGUUCAUGACCAUUCAUUGCUGGGGAGAGCAAGCUGCUGGUGAUUGGAUCCUUGAAGUUUAUGAUACACCCUCUCAGCUGCGGAACUUCAAGACUCCAGGUAAAUUGAAAGAAUGGUCCUUAGUCCUCUAUGGCACCUCGGUACAGCCAUACUCCCCAACCAAUGAGUUUCCUAAGGUGGAGCGUUUCCGCUACAGCCGAGUGGAGGACCCCACAGAAGACUACGGUACAGAGGAUUAUGCGGGCCCCUGUGAUCCUGAGUGCAGUGAGGUGGGCUGUGAUGGGCCUGGACCAGACCACUGCAAUGACUGUUUGCACUACUACUACAAGCUGAAAAACAAUACCAGGAUCUGUGUCUCCAGCUGCCCCCCGGGCCACUACCAUGCUGACAAGAAGCGCUGCCGGAAGUGUGCACCCAACUGUGAGUCCUGCUUCGGGAGCCAUGGUGACCAAUGCCUGUCAUGUAAAUAUGGUUACUUCCUGAGUGAAGAAACCAACAGCUGCGUUAUCCCCUGCCCUGAUGGGACCUAUCAGGACACCAAGAAAAAUCUUUGCCGGAAAUGCAGUGAAAAUUGCAAGACAUGUACUGAAUCCCAUAAUUGUACAGAAUGCAGGGAUGGGCUAAGCCUGCAGGGAACCCGAUGUUCUGUCACCUGCGAAGACGGAUGGUACUUCAAUGGCCAGGACUGCCAGCCCUGCCACCGCUUCUGUGCCACGUGUGCUGGAGCAGGUGCUGAUGGCUGCAUUAACUGCACGGAGGGUUACUUCAUGGAAGAGGGCAGAUGUGUGCAGAGCUGCAGCAUCAGCUACUACCUGGACCACUCUGCAGAGCACGGGUACAAAUCCUGCAAAAGGUGCGACAACAACUGUUUAACAUGCAGUGGCCCAGGGUUCAAGAACUGCACCAGCUGCCCUAGUGGGUACCUCUUAGACUCAGGGAUGUGCCAGCUGGGAGCCAUCUGCAAGGAUGGAGAAUACAUGGAUGAGCACGGCCGCUGCCAGACCUGUGAUGCUUCAUGUGCCAAGUGCCGCGGGCCAACCCCGGAGGAGUGCACCAGCUGCUUCUUCACAAGGGUUUUUGAUGAUGGCCGCUGCAUUUUGAACUGUCCCUCAUGGAAAUUUGAAUUUAAGAACCAAUGCCACCCAUGCCACCACACCUGCCAUGGAUGCCAAGGAAGUGGGCCUGCCAACUGUACCUCCUGCAGGGCAGACAAGCAUGGCAGAGAGCGCUUCCUGUACCAGGGGGAGUGUCGGGAAAGAUGUCCAGCGGGCCACACCCCUGCCGAGGGGCACACCUGCCUGCCCUGCCCAGACAACUGUGAGGUUUGCCACAACCCACACCUCUGCACCAGAUGUGUGAGUGGCUACGUCCUCGGACCCACCAACCAUACCUGCCAGAAGCUCGAGUGUGGGCAAGGUGAAUUCCAAGAUUUGGACUACAAGGAGUGCUUGCCAUGUGAGGUGGGAUGUCUGGGGUGCACCUCAGAUGACCCAGGUACCUGUGCCUCGUGUGCCAUGGGGUAUCUCAUGUUUGAGCGCCACUGCUAUGAAGCCUGUCCCCAGAAGACCUUCGCUGAGCAGCGGGAGUGCAGAGCCUGCAGCGCCAACUGUGGCAGCUGCAACCGCAACGAGUGCUUCUGGUGCGAAGAGAGCUUCUUUCUCCUGGGUGGCCGCUGUGUGAGUGCCUGUGGCACUGGCUUCUACGGAGACCCAGCCACGGGAGCGUGUGAGCCUUGUCACCCAGCCUGCGAGAGCUGCGAGGGCCCAGACCUGGACCAGUGCAGCAGCUGCCCGGCAGGGCUGCGGUUGCUGCAUGGGGCUUGUGAGCCACAGGACCCAAAGGAAGCUGUGUCCACUGCAAACCCAUCUUUGGUGAAGAACCUGCUGCAGAAGCGACGAAGGUGGAAAGUUCAAAUCAAAAGAGAUGUCUUGGGGACACAUCAGCCUUGUCAUCCUUCUUGUAAAACCUGCGAUGGGUCUGCAUCUCUGUGUACUUCAUGUCCAAAAGGUGCUUAUCUGCAGGCCCAGGCCUGUGUGUCCUCCUGUCCGCAAGGCACGUGGCCCUCAGUCGAGAGUGGCAGCUGCGAGAACUGCGCAGAAGACUGCGCCUCUUGCUCUGGGGCCGAUCUUUGCACGCAGUGCCGCGCUCAGCCAGACCAGCCUCUCUUCCUGCACCAAGGCAGGUGCUACCACAGCUGCCCUGAUGGCUUCUAUGCCAAAGAUGGCUCCUGUGAGCGCUGCAGCUCUCCGUGUAGAACAUGUGAAGGAAACGCCACCAACUGUCAGUCGUGUGAAGGCAGCUUCAUCCUGGCCAGAGGAGUGUGCAGGAAAACUUGCCCCGAGAGGCACGUGGCUGUGGCGGGCGUGUGCCAGCCCUGCCCUGAGGAGUGUCAGGACUGCAUCCACGAGAAGGUGUGCAAAGAGUGCUUGCCUGACUUCUUCCUGCUCCAUGGCGAGUGUCUCACAUCAUGUCCCCGGGGGUUCUACCCUGACUUGCAUCAGUGCAUCCCCUGCCACAAAGACUGUCUGCAGUGCAGCGGCCCCAAGGCGGAUGACUGCGAGCUCUGUGCUGAAACCUCCAUGAUCUUCUAUGAGGGGCUGUGCGUAGACGAGUGUCCCAAGGGAACUUACUAUGAUGAAGAGGACGAGGAAUGCAAAGCCUGCCACGAGUCCUGUCGCACGUGCUCGGGACCCAGGACCUGCACAACCUGCCAGGAGGGCCUGCGCAUGAAUAUCCAUGGGGCCUGCGUGCCUCACAAGGAAUGUGCCGCUAUCGAGUACUGGGACAAGGACGCCCAUAGGUGCAAGCCCUGUCACAGGAGGUGCUUCCACUGCAUGGGGCCCGUGCAGGACCAGUGUCGCAGCUGCCCGAGGAGUAGUCUUCUUCUGAACACCACCUGCGUGGACAGCUGUCCAGAAGGUUACUUCACCGAUGAGGACAGACACUGGUGCACCCCCUGCCAUGGCUCUUGCCGGACCUGUGAUGGCACACACAGCAUGCAGUGCCUCUCCUGCCGAGCAGGCUGGUUCCAACUGGGCAGAGAGUGCCUGCUCCAGUGCAGAGAAGGGUAUUAUGCAGACAAUUCCACUGGGAAGUGUGAGAAGUGUGACAAGAGCUGCAAGGACUGCCAGGGCCCCCACUCCACAGACUGCCUGUCCUGCGAUCCGUAUUUCUUCCUUCUCCGCUCCAAGGGAGAGUGUCACCGCGCCUGCCCAGAGCAUUACUACGCAGAGCAGAGCACACAGACCUGUGAGAGAUGCCAUCCAACAUGCAAUGAAUGUGAAGGAAAAGGAGAGUUACACUGCUUAUCCUGUGUGUGGAACUACCACUUCAUGGGGGGAAUUUGCAGCCUGGACUGUGCCGUGGGGAAAUUCCGAGUGGGAGAGGGCGAGAAAUUCACCUGCGAAAACUGCCAUGAGAGCUGCACAGAAUGCAAGGGCCCCGGGCCCAAAAACUGUACAGUGUGCCCCGCUCCCCUGCUGCUGCACCCGGAAGAUGGCCGCUGCCUGCAGUGCUGCAAUGCCUCCGGGCCCCACUCCACCCAGGACUGCUGCGACUGCCAGGAAACCACGGAGGAGUGCCUCCUUCAGAAGCCCGCCGGGCCUGCUGAGCGCUCCAAGACAGCUCUGCUGAUCACCUCCUCCAUCACCCUGGUGCUUCUGCUGGGGGCCGCUGUGGUUGUCUGGAAGAAGUCUCGGGGCCGCCCCCAGCCCACACAAAAGGCCCGCUAUGAAAAGCUGACUGACCCUGCCAAGUCCUACUCCUACAAGAGCAGCUAUCGCGAGAACAGCAACUUUGAAGAGGACCAGGUGAUUGAGUACAGAGACAGGGACUAUGAUGAGGAAGAAGAUGAUGACAUUGUCUACAUGGGCCAAGAUGGCACCGUCUACCGGAAGUUUAAAUACGGACUGCUGGAUGAGGAAGACGAGGUUGAGCUGGAGUACGAUGACGAGAGUUACUCCUACCAGUAACAAGACGCCACUGCACCCCUCGCAUCAAUGGACUGGUUUUAUCCGCACACCAGGCUACUGUGUGCAUGUCUGUCUUCUUAAACCCAAGCCCAAUGAGAAUAUGUAAGAAUUCUGAAAUAUUUUCUGCUUCUUUUGAGUGGCAACACUGCAUUAACAGUUCCUUCUCAACCAUAAUUGAGGGGCAAGACAACAUUUGAAGGCAUUUUCCUCAAAACAAUAUGUCAAGACCACAACAUGCAGGAAGCAAAAGCAAGUGAGAUUUGUAAAAAAAACUCUUUGAUGUGAUUAAAUACAAUGUGGGGGGUGGCAGAGGACCUACAGAAAUUCUGUUUCCAGUAUGCACUGUGAAGAUAUCUGCUGCUUUCUGGAAUUCUGAUAUUUCUUUAACUAAUUUUGAGGGGAGGAGGUACAAAAGUUUCCCUUGUUUGGGAGGGUAUGUCUCUUCCUUUUAGCUGGGCUUAGGCAGAAAUGUUUUGUAAAGGCCAAGAAAAGAGGGUCCUCGCCUCUUCUGCAGAGCACCCCUGGUGGUCAGAAGACAUCUGUGCUAAGCCUGCUCAGGGUACAUUUAGAGAGAGGCAGAGAGAAGCAGCAUUAUAAUUGAGGCUUGACAAGUUCCCUGGGCCCCGGGUCCUCCCCAGGAACCUGGAGUCCAACAAUCCCAAAGACAACAAGCUCAGGCCUCAAAGCCCAGUGCGAGGUAAAGCACCACAUUUCCCAGCAUUGCCCCCUUGUGAUUUUCUAAGAGAGUUUUGUGGUAGGAAAUAAAAAAUGUCAAUGUUCAGCUAACAUAAAAUAGAUAAAAUGGCAAAUUCAUCCACUCUAAAAAAGAAUUUGACAGCUGAAUCAGCCAAGCUUUCAUCAGCACCUGAUCACACAAGUGUAGAUUUUCCACAGAAAAAGUUGGACUAGUGUAUAACCUAAAAAAUAAAGUUCAACCUGCUCUCCAGAAGCCAUCAUCCAGCUGCCGAACAACCUUCCGACCCCAGUCAGCGUCGUGAGUUUGUUCUCCCACUCCCCUGGCAAGUGGGCUUGUAGAUCUCCGCAGCUGGAGAAGGUUUUGCAGCCGAUAGUGAUGCAGAUGGAAGCGCCCUGGCUACAGGAAAGUAGCAGCAGAAUCUUAGAGUUUCCCAUCAAAGCAGAAGUUAAAAGCAUUGCUAGGAGCAGAAGACCAAAAAGUGAAACUGAUGUUUUCAGAUAGUGGUGGUAAGCAAGGCAAAAUUUAUUACAAAGCUGCUGUGGACCUAAGUAAUUCCUUUAAAAACAAUCACUUCAUUUAUCCAAGUGUUACUGCAACUCUGUUAGGUUGGUAUCAUUGUUGUUCAUUUCUAUAAGAAGCCUAAGGCUUACAAGAGAAUAAGUCACAGAAAGCUGAUCAACAUGGAAAGGAUAAGAAAGACCUUAAAACAUAUGUCUUAAGAACAAUGCUCCACUGGAACAGGAUGAAAAAAUAAGUAUCCUAAAUACAGUGAAAUCAUGUGUCUUGCUUUAUUCUGUGAUUUCAAUAUCCUAGGAGCUUUAUGAUCUUUAUUAAAUUCAUAUAUACAUAUAUUCAAAUACAACAUAUCACUGACUUUCAUCUACAAGAGACCUUCAGUCUAUAGAAGUCUUGUUCCUUUAGCAGAAAACUCUUAAAACAAGGGUCAGCAAACAUCAUUUGGAAAGAGAGCCCUUGUGAAUACUCCAGGCUUUGUGGGCUAACGGGUCUCUACAUACUCAUCUCUGCUGUGGUAACACAAAUGUGGCCAGUACAGAAGGAGUGGUAAGCUGUGUUCCAAUAAAACUUUAUUUAGAGAUAGUGAAACUUGAAUUUCUGGUCAUUAUCACAUAGUCGUCUUUUGAUUUUUUUCCCCCAAGAAUUUAAGAAUAUAAUAAUUGUUCUUAGCUCAUAGUGGUACAAAAACAGGUGGUAGAAGAGAUAUCACCAACAGUGUGGAGUUUGCUGACCGUGGAUUCAAAAAUUCUUCGGAGAGCAUAUGUAUCACAUGUACAUAGGAUAUGCUUCCCAGAAUUUUGAUCACUCAAAAUUAUCUGAUCAGAAUCUCUUUGAAGCCCUGAUGGUUUUCUUUUCCAUUCUUUGAAAUAUACAAAAAAGUGCCUAAAAGAUAGUCAUCAUAGUCAUGGAAGGACCUCUCAGCUCUUGCAGUGUAUUUACACUGUCAUCAUAAGAAACAAGUCACUUUGUUUGCACUGUAUUGCUCAUCUUUCUUGACAAUAUAAAAACGCUAAUAGACAGGAUGGCAUUUCUUCUUAUAGCCAGGAAAUCAUUGUGCCUCCCAAAAAUCUGUUUAUGACACACAGGUAAAGGCUGAAUGAGGUUGGAAUGACCUGAAAUACUAAGAAAAAGAUGUGUUAUUACUCUAUGUGACCUACAAUAAAGAGAAGUCUCCUGUUUGUGUGUUGGGAAGGUUUGACAUCUUCCUUCUUUCUUCAUGAUCAUACACAUUAUUCUCCUUUUCCUUUUGAAUUCUAUGUUAAUAACUGUCCUCAUAGGUAACUAUGUGGUUGGGGGAAAAAUCACUUUUGGUUUUCUUUUUGUAAAUAAUUUAUUAAAUUAUUAAGAGAAGUCUUAUUGACUUGUGGUGCAA